AUGUUAAAUGAAGCAUAUGACAUUCAUAAAAUUAUAGAUAAUAAAGGAACAAAAAGAAUUUCAAUUUGGAUAGACGGAGGAUAUCAUGAAUGGGAUUCUAAAGAAAAGCAAUUAACAAUAUUUGGAGACCAAUAUGUAAUACUUAAAGAGUUAUAUAAUGUAAAUACUAAUAAAAGUUGGUUUGAAGAGAGCAAAUCUUAUUUAACUAUAAAUAACAAAUGGGCAGAUGUAGUACAAUGUUUUGGUUUAACGAAAAAUCCAUCAAGUGGUAAUGUAAUGAAUAAAAUGGAAAUGGAUUUAAGAACAUAUCUAAAGCAAAAGCGAGAUUUGCAUUCUGGAAAUCUAUUGUAUGGUGGUAAAAUUAACCAAAGUUUCCAUAUUAGUGAUCUUGGAUUUUGUGGACCUGUUGAUAAACCACUAAAUAGUGUAUAUGGAAAUCUUCCUUAUAUAUAA